AUGAGCAUGCGCGUGUCGUGGGCCAGAUGGUAUUGGAUCGUUAUAUUCACAACGUGUACCGCGAGGACUGCCAGCGAUUGGCUGGACUGCGCCCACAUCUCAACCUGCCGCUGUAAGUGGUCGUCGGGCAAGAAAACAGCCACGUGUGCCUCCGGUGACCUCCGCCGACCGCCAUCUCUCUCGUCGGACAUCCAAGUAUUGGAUCUUCACGACAAUCCGCUGAGGAAUCUACCGCAGGGGAUCUUUUCAAACAUCGGCCUACUUAAUUUGCAACGUAUCAAUUUGAAAGCAACGAAACUUCGGUCCAUACACGCUGACGCAUUCAUAGAGCUGAGGAUUUUGAUCGAAGUGGAUUUGGCCGACAACGACUUAUCGGUUCUACCGCGUGACAUUUUCAGGGGCAACGAACGAUUGAGACUAGUAGUGUUAAGUAAUAAUCCUCUAACUAAUUUAAUUGCCGACCAGUUUCCUUCACUGCCUCACCUUCGUAUGUUGCUAUUAGAUGGUUGUCGGCUCAGAUCAAUACACACAAAAGCUUUGAGAAAUCUUAGAUCAUUGGAAACUAUUGACUUGAGGAGAAAUCAGCUAACAUUCUUACGACUGAUAACGUUCUCAUUGCCAGCUCUAAAAACGAUGUCAUUAUCAGGAAAUCCUUGGAGAUGCGAUUGCCGGCUUCGGGAAUUUCGGGACUGGUUUUUAGAUAGUAAAUUGGGAACUGAGGAGUUGUUAUGCGUAGAACCAACACCUCAGGCUGGAAACAAAUGGCGGAAUGUUCCAAGUGAAAACAUGACGUGUGCCCCAGAAGUGCGGUCCAGUACAUUAGUUGUAAGGGCUGAGGUUGGAUUGAGGGUUUCCUUUGGGUGUUGGGUUCAUGGUAUUCCUAAGCCGCAAGUGACAUGGUUAUUCGAUGGAAUUAAUAUUCACAAUAGUACUUUAGAUUGCGACAUGGAAGAAAUUGAUACAGUAGUGGAAAAUGACAAUUCGGAAGAUAGAGUGCCUGGUAGUGUUAGAUGGGUAAAUAUAACAUUGUUAAACGUGACAUCUAGUGUUGCCGGAGAGUGGACUUGUGUAGCUAAAAGCUCGGCAGGGGAAGACAGAGCGGUGAUUAGUUUGGUGCUGCCUCGAUCUCAAACGGCAACAGCUCGCACGGCACCAGGUAUUCCACAACUUCUAGGUGUUGUUUUUGGUGCUCUAGGUGCUCUAGCUGCUCUAGGAUUUAUCGCCGCAUUUGCUUGUUGGCAUUUGAGAAGACGCACCGUGCCACCCAGUCGAAGUUUCAUGGAUCAAGAAAAACGUUUGAUAGACGCAUCAGUUGUCGUUAGCUGCGACCGUUCGAUCGCUGACAUGGCUUCCCCUUGUAACUUCGAACUAACCGAGCGAUCUUUAUCCGUCGACAACGAUCAACCGAGAGGUUGCGGCUUCGAUCCCGUUCACAUCACUAUAGAGGGUACCCCAGGAUUAUUUCCACCGCCACCUGCGGAGUUUGCGGUACCGGUGCCGUAUGGAAACAUUUUUAUCUCGGUCCAAGUAGCCGGUAGAGGUGAACCCGGAAAGUACCCAGAUUUGUUGAGUGGUGGAGCAACUUUACCACGACGGACCAGAACAUGUUGCAAUGCGCCUGCUUAUGAUAAUAUGGGCCCGAGAGUAACGGCAACUGGAAGCUCUACCUGGUCAUUGCCUGGUGCAAGUUGUGAAAAUCCAGAGCCAUCCGAAACCCCUGUAUUGAGUUUACCACCUCCACCACCAGAAUUCGUCUCCCUU